CAAAAGAAGGAGCAGUCGGGAGGAAACGGACUGAAGGAAAAAAAAAGGACACCGCACUGUGACUCCCGAUGUACAGUCCUUAAAUUAACGUUUUUUAUAUUUUAUUUCUUCCGCGAAGAAACCUCACGUUUUUCCAUUUUUCGAAAAGUAACGCGUCUACCUCAUUUUUAAGGAUUUAUAACCGACUGUUUACAUCUCCUCUGUCUGCCGCAGGGCUUAUUUUGUACUUUUGCACUCGUCGAAUUGACUCUGACGUUGAGCGAUGUCCAGCCAGUGCCUGCUGGCCCGCAGAUGAUCCAUGACCACACCAUAUUGAUGCACUUUAGCACCUUUCCGGAGCCUUCCCCCCGCCGUGAACCCCGCAGCUGAUGACCAAAGUGCGCGCCACGCCUCCCCGCCGUCGCCCCGAGCCACGCGCCUCUCAGCCCCUCCCUCAGCCUCACGCCCCCGCAGGACGUACAGGGAUGUUCCAGAGGUUCGCCAGCGCUCUGUUCGGGGACGACGUGGAGGAGCUGAGUCGAUGCAGCAGACCUGGAGGCGGCAAGGAGGAAGAGGAGGACGAAGACUGGAUCCUGGUCAACUACCUGGCUGAAGCCUGCUCCGGUCAGUGUGGUGACGGCCUCUCUGGAUCCACUGUCGGUCCUGAGGAAGAGGAGGACGAGGAGGAGGACCUGGUAAUGAUCCCCUCCCCCAUGGCCAGCCCCCCAAUCCGCUACGCCUCCUGCACCUCCCUCAACUCCACGGCCGACACCGACCCAGAUGGCGGGGCUGAGGAGGAGGACGAAGACGACGAAGAGGAGGAGAGCGGCUUCCUCCGUCUGGACGCCUGCUCUCUGGAGGAGAGCUGGUUCGUCACCCCGCCGCCCUGCUUCACCGGCCGCGGCAGCCAGCCCGUCCUCCUGGAGACCAGCCCUCUGGAGAACCUGCUGAUCGAACACCCCAGCAUGUCCGUGUACGCCCACCACAGCCCCCCCAGGCUGAGCCUUGACCCCCUGCCGCGCUCCCUCGACCUGGAGCUGGGCUUGUUGCCUGGAAAUGUGCCCGCCGCCCUGACACCCUCCGCUGGGAAGGAGAAGAGCAGACACGCUCUGGACGGCUCUCGUCACAGGCCAGAGGUGGCGGUCGUUCAGCGUCGCUCCAGCCUCCACUCAGCCUGCUACGCUGCGGCUCUCUCCACCCGCACCGGCAUCCUGCAGCAGCGGACAGCGAGCACCACCACCCAGCGCACCCAACCGCUGUCCCGCAACGCCCUGCGACGCCUCAACCUGCUGCGCCCCCCGAAGGCCAGCACCGUGCACCUGCACCAGCCGAGCCAGAGACACCUCAACUUCUGAGGUGUCCUGAUCACCUUCAUCAUCACCAUCAUCAUCAUCAUCAUCAAACCCUGUCCUUUUAGCAGUAUGGGAGACAAACAGUGGCCACCUCAAGAAAUCAACACCAGCAACAUGUCAUCAGCCAUCAGUCACACCCCGGUCUGUUCUGAAAUCUGAUUGGAUGCUUUUUUAAUUUUAUCAGCUCAUGUGGCCGGUGGGAGAAAAGUUUCUCUCCUCCUCAUCCAUCCAUCCAUCCAUCCAUGCUCCCUUCUUUGUAUUGAUGCUGAGAAGAAGUGUUAUGAAUAGAAAAGGUCAGCAUGUGUCCCCCGACCUCCUCCCAUCAUCGUUUCCCCUCCGCUGGACCAGUUUGUCCAAUCACAGAGAAGAGUCGUCACAGUGACGUCCUCUUCUCCUUUCUAUCUCUUUUUUUUCUUCUUCAUGUUCUUUACGGACAACUUAAUGUGUAGAAUCAAUGCUGUAGGUCACUUUACUCAGCGGCAGGUUCGCAGUGUGGCAGGAUGCCCAGAUGAUGUUGUGGUGAUGUCAUGGUGAUGUCACAGUGUCCUCACCAUCUGGCAACUUUUUGGGCAACUUGACAGGACACAUUCAGGAGACAUUUCAGAUCACAAAUCACUUGAACACAAACAGUGCAGCAGCACAACGGUGCCAUUUAAUCAGUGCAGGAGAGUUGUGAUAGUUGCCUCACAGCGUUGCCCAAAAAAGUUGACAGCAGUGACGGUUGUGCUCGUCGGGAUUCGGCAGGAAAGUUAUAAAACAAUGAGUUGAAACUUUAAAGGAAAAAUCCCCUCAAAUAAUCUGUUAGAAUCUGCAGUCUGUAGUUAAGUCCGUCUGGCUCAAGACAGCAGUCGUUUCCCAGAAUGCCUUUUGAUGACCGUCACAAGAGAACAGGGGAAUUAAAGGGACGUUCCACUGAGUUAACCUGUCGAAGUCAGUGUACGCUGUCUGUAGAAACAGGUGUAUGAUGAGUGUUAUCUCAGCUUGGGCUUGGAGACAAUACAUUUAUUUUUAUCAAAAAGUCUCUGUUACAAGCUGGGGGUGUUGAGUUGCAUUAUGGGAACUGUAAGAUCCAGUGUUUUAGUAGAUUAACCUACAGAGGUGACUAAAAAGUCUGGGCAUGUCGGCCUCUGAUAGUUUGAUAUCGCUGUUGUUUUUAACUCUCUGUGUUGUCAGUCCUCCAGUUUUACACAAGUAUGAUCCUGCAUCACUGUCGUGCUCCUUUUAAAUAUAAAACAUUAUAUUUUUUUGUUUUUAAAAAGGAAAAAUAUUUCUUGCUGUAGUAGCAACUAACACAAGCAGUUUGCAACAAGACAUUUACUCCACGUCCAUUUAACGCAAACGUUCUGUGACAUUUUGGGAGAGUGAAACGUGUGUGAACAUGCUGCACUCAGAGUUUUUUUCUUUCCCUGUGAAACUGGAGGGUGUAGUAACCGAAAACUGAGAGACAGAACGGAGAGUUUCAUGAGUCACUUCUGGCUCAAACACAAACCUGUACUGUAGCUGCUUUGCCUGUUUAUUUUCUGCUCUUGCAGAUUUAGAUAUGUGUUUACCUCACUCCUUGAUUCUGAGGGAACUGACCUCAUGACGUGACCUCAUGUUCAUCUGGUCAGAUAUCCACAGAAAUGAAAACACAUCACGGCUUGCUGUUUCCCCCUCAGUGUUUGAGUGCUUAACAGGAUUUUUAAAAAAGUUUCCUGCCGUGAAGUUUGUAAAUUAAACGAUCUGAAGUCCUGUAGCAUCACCUUGUUGUUAGAUACGACGGCGCCUCUCUGUUCGUCCUGCGCCGCCAGCCUGAACCUGCCGCUGACUUUGUAAUUCAGUACUUUUCACAAUAUUUUUUUGAAAAGAAAAAAAAAGAAAAAAGACGGUAAAAAUUACUGGGUUAAAUGUCACUAAACGCCUUGUUUUAACGGUAGCUUUGAGAUGAAUAGAAAUGUAAAAACAAAAAUGUAUUUAAAAAAAAAACUUCCAAAAUAUUUUUUGAAAAGAAAAAAACAAAUUACAUAUCAGUAUGAAGUUGGUAUAUAUGCGUAUAUGGUUUCUUGCUUAGGUAUGUUUGGUUAUGUUAGUGUGCAAUCUGUUGCAUGGUUGUAGAGUUGUGUUAGUGUGACGACGGUGGAAAAACGAAAAUGGAAAAAGAUUUUAUUUCUUUUUAUUAUUAUUAUUAUUAUUACUUUGUUUGUUCUUAAAUGAAUCUGCAGUCUACUUCUCAGGGUCACAACCAAUCACCUUUACUCUUUAGGAAAAAAAUGCAGAUUUACUUGACGGCUGAUGAUUCUUUGUGCGUGCUCGGACUUUUUCCAGCUCUGUCCCAGCGAGCUUUCCCUCGUGAAAAUGCUUGUGAGAAUUAAUCGACUUUUAGUUUUAGUUUAUCUCGGUCCCAGGAUUGUGAAAAUGAACUUUUGAUGCUCUCAGUCGACUGUUGGAAAUCCAUCAAGAUGGAGAGAAGCUGUUGGUCUUUUUCAGCUAUGUUUAUAUUAUACCUAACAAGGUUUUAGAAAUGUACUUUAUGCUUUUUAACUAUUCUAUUUUCCAUGUUAACUUAGUUACAUUUUGCUAAACUGUUAAAAUAUUUAAACCAAAAAAGUAGCAAUGAUCUUUAACCUUUAACCUGUUGUAAUACUGAUUUUUUUUUUGUUGUUGUUGUUGUUGUUGUUGACGUCGUUGUUUAACUUUUAAGUGUUUGUCGGCAGUUCUUGGCCUUGGUGCUCUGAAAUGGUGGACUGUGAUGUUUAACGUGUCUGCUGUUGGGAAAGUAGAGCCCGGGCCGAGUCACCACGCUGCAGGAGACAACAAACGAUCCAUCGUACAGAGUGACUGAAUCAGGUGAAGCACAUUCCUGUCAGGAAAACAAAAUAAUAGACGAAAAGUUGGGAUUAAAAAGAUAAAAACAGGCAUGGGGAGUCGAAGUUAUGAGAUGGAAAGGCAAAAAUGUUACUUUAAAGGUCCAGUGUGUAAGAUUUAGUGGCAUCUAGUGGUGAGGUUGCAGAUUGCAACUAACUGAAACUCUUUACGUGUGCCAAACGUGCACAUGUUGAAAAUGUCCCGUUCAUACAGAGGUAAUUUCGGCGCUGUUACUACCUCUGCUUCAGAGGCGUGAAAUUCCCGUCUUGAAGAGGCUGUGUAAAAGCGGCUUAUUACUUUAAACGGCAAAAAUUUAAUUUACUAUCUCAUGAUUUUGAUUUAUGUCAAACUAUUUUGCAUUUUUAGUUUAUUAACUUAGAAUUAAAAUUUUAAUUACUGCAUGAAAUUAAGAUAAAAUUAAGUGAAUCUUUUUAAGGUUAUUUGACUUGCCUUUGUAUCUCAUGAUUUUGAUUUACUGUGAGUAUUUUUAUUUUUUAUUCCAGACGUUUCUUCCUUAUUUUUCUUUUCCUGGCAAAAAUGAGCUUCCAUAGAGGAUCUCAUGUUGAACCUUUAAAUCUUAAACUUUUCUGAAGGUGUAUGAAAAAUCUGGUGAUAAUGUUAAAACAGGUUAAAGACUAGACCUUUACACUUUGCUGUAAAGGUCACGUCAGCUGAUUUUAUCGGUCUAAUCAAACAUCAAACACAUCAGCAGUAAAUGAUUUCAUUUUUAAAGGGGAGUGAAUCCUGUUUGAAGAUACACAGACACAAAAUAUAGCAGUCUGUGCAGUAUGAACACACAAAGAUUUUAAAGCUCAGUGAAGAUCUAAUCACUCUCUGCAGUGCUGAUCCUGAAUCUUCAGUCACGUCUGACUUCAGUUUGUCUCUGUGGUCGUGUUGAUGGGACGGUAUCAUUAUUAAGAAAGCACUAACAAACGUUUGUUAGGCGUCUGUACGGUUUUGCUGUAAAUAAUCGUAUACGAUAGUUGAGUGGUUCAAUCUGGUGUAUUUAAGAUUUUCUUUUACUUCUCGAAUGUUUCUCCCUUUCAGCUAUUGAGCUUUGCAAUCAUGGACAAUGUUAUUUUGUGUUUUAAAAAAGGCAAACUUAAAGACAGAAGGGAUCAGAGGGGACGGACGGCGAUGUUCGUGUCCUCCUGCUGUCAGGAGCCUUUUGUUGUUUUGUUUUUUACUUCUCAGUUCAUCUCUCCAUCAUCAGACUAACAGGGAUUUGUAAUGUUUUUGUUCAAUGCCUUGAAAUUUGUGGAUCUCGUGCCUUCCAGGUUGAAAUGUUGUAAUGACAAUGCAUCAAUGAAGAACUUGAACUCACCGAGUGGACGUAAUAAAUAAAAACAAACAAACGGACAUCAGAAACCAACUAUGCACCACUCGGAGGACGCCCGUUCGCCCUCUCCACCGCCCGCCCAGCUUUUUAUAAUGACUCAACAAACCAGACAGAAUGAUGUAGCAAAACCUCUUUUCUCCUUGUUUAUUUUAAGAAAAAAAGUGUGAAGAAUAUUUUGUGGCAUUUUUAUUUUUCACCAAGUGUUAGACUUUUUUUUGUUGUUUUUUGUUUUUGUGUAGUUUACUGGAAUAAUACAGCACUUUGCCAAAAAGGAAAAAAAAGGUGUAGGAAUUUUAGGGUUAACUUUUUAUUUAUCGACACGACUGGUCUCCAUCUUUGUAUUUUGGAUGUAUGACAGAUCAAUUCACUCUGUUCUGAUGUCAAAACAAAUGCUAAUUAAAAAGUGGGGUCAUCUGUUUUCAAACUGUAAUAGUUAAUACAUGUGAUCUCUUAUUAGCCUAUAAUAAAUGUUUUCAUACACA